AUGGAGGACAUUCGAAAAAUGGUUGGAUUCUGUGUCUACCUAGGGGAUAUGAUUUCCUCUCACACUUUGGGCAAGGAAGUAAUUGUGCUUGACUCGGCCACGAUAUCUCACGAGUUGAUGGACGAGAGGAGCGUGAUUACCCUUAGAGGCCAUGCUACCAUGGUCAAUGAGGCUAUAGGCUGGGAGCGCAAACUUGUUUCUCCCACAAGUCACAACUGGCAGCGACUAGCGCUCACAUCUAGUCAGAGACAGUCUCUUCCGAGCAUAUAUUACAGCGAGGAGCUCCAAGUCCACCGCAAAUAUCUGCAUCAGUACUUUCACAAACAGAGCCUGCCAGAUUCCUAUAACAUCGAACUCAAAAAGGCGUAUCGGUUGUUGGCUAACGUUUUGGGCGUUCCGGGUGAUAUGAAGUAUAUUCGCCUAACAUUAGGCCCACAUAAUCAUAGGUGA